CUGCAGACAGUUAGCUCGAACCUUGCCUUUUCGGGGUCGCGGAGACGUCUAUCCGAGCUAUGCUCCAGUGGAAGUGCCCUCAAAUCUCACUCUCCCAUUCGACAGCCUGUUCUGGAGUUCCAUCGUCUCGACUUGAGUGAGGACGUCAUUGAAGAGUGCAAUCUUGAAGAGGACCGAGAUGAAAGUCCUGUUCUCCUCCAGCAACAGAAUGAUGUCGUCCUGUCUGAGGCAGAUAACGAGGCUGCAUUCUUUCAGAAACUGAUUUCGGAUGGAUGCGCUAGUCUCUCGGAUGUCGAAGAGGAAGAUCCUGUUGAGCUCUGCGGUCCUGAAAACGAGCCCGAUAAUUAUGAUGACAUAAAAACGAGCACAAUUCACUUAAAAGAAGAUUCUCAGCGCUUCCAAUAUGAAAGGCCAAGUGAAGAAGGUAUAGAGGGCGUUCGAAAAUACAGUCUGGAAGAAAUGGAAAAAUUGUUCAGUACUUUCAAUGAUGUGCUGAUUUUAUGA